AUUUAUACGCAAUGUUUUAGCAAAGUUUACGAGAAAGAAAUUCGGGAUUUCUUUGAAGUUUCCAAACAAAGAUGUUCUGCAAGGAGUGCAAAGGCGGCAGGUAAGCCAUUGAUUUCCUACUUCAUAUUUUCCUGCAUAUAAUAUUGUAUUACCAUACAACUAUUGUGCAACCCUGUAUUCUACUGUACAAAACUAUAUCUUACUGUACACCACUGUAUUUCACUGUUCUUCAUUUCGAAGAUGCUUCGAAAACCUCAUUCAACUGGACGGAUGUUUCCUGUUGACUGAAACAAUUUCUGUUCAAACACGAUUGACAAAUGGAGUUAAAUCGCUCUACGAUAAGCUGCAAUGUUACCCCCAAUGCACUUGUAUCAUAGUACCUUUCUGUAUAUUCCACUAAUCCACUGUACUUCAAGCCCUGUUAACCACUGUAUGCAACCUUUCAUAACCAUACCAUUGUGUACUACCGCUGCGUUCCACUGUACACAACUGUACCAUUCUGUACAUCACUGCACUCCACCGUAUUAUAUGCACUAUGCGCCGCUAUACUCUUUGUACACAACUGUACCAUGCUGUACUUCACUCUAUAAUGUCCGUUGUCAUACAACCAUUGUGCACUAUAUAUACAGUACAGCGUGUGUCUUCUGUAUUGCAAGUCGUGACCUGAUGUUUUCUUUCUACAUGUGCAUAAGUGCGACGUUUUUUCAAUUAUUACAUUCAUUUGACUUCUUUUUUUACACUUAGGAGGCAAUCUUAGAGCUGGUUCACAUCUCUCGUUAAGUCGCGAUGAAGUAUCACAUGCAAGUCCUAUGCUAUCUCGUGUCACAAAGUUCGAUAAAUCUUCCACGGAUAGUCCUCAACUCAAUCGACGUUCACCAACGGGAUCACUAAGUUCUCAAGAUUCUAUUUUAUCCUCAGAUAGUGUGUCUGAGAAUCGAAGUCGAUUUGAUAAGGUACUGAUGCACUGUUUGCGGUAAAUGAGUUUGUGAUGGUAAUUUAUAUUUUUAGUAAUGAGGCGACCUACUAUAAACUAUGUCAAGAUAUUUCCGGGUGAUUUCUGAUCGUGUUAAUCAACCGGUUGCUUGUGCGAGUUUUUACUACUUAUCAGGGAAACUUUACUGAGUAGAUGAAAUUGGAAACGGCAGUUUGUUUACACUGCUUAUAAAUUACGGAAUGUGCGCCUUUUACCAUAAACUAACGUAUUUAUUAAAAAUCUGAUUGUGUGCGUUUCAAUGAUUUUCUGGUUAUAUAGAUUUUUGAUACUCUGUUGUCAGAACUGGAACCUGCGUGUUUAGCCGAACAAAAGUUUAUUGAAAAGUUCUUCCACAUGCCAUUGCCCAAGGAUGAGUCCGAGGUAAACACUACUGGUAUUGCCAGAGAUUUCUCCAAAGGAACAUGUUUCAACUCAUCAGUUUAUUGUUCAAAUUAUAUUAAAAUUUUAAAAACACGUCUUGUGAUCAGGGCCGCCGAGGGGGGGGGGGGCAAUUUAGGUCAGGGCCCCUAGAAAUUUUUGUUGGGUCCCAGCAUUUUUUUGGGUGAAAUAUUUCCGCGCAAAGGCCUGUUUUUUCCGGCAAAGUACCGAAAUUUGGUAUGAAAAAUUGAGGUAAAGUCACUGGAAAGCAAUUACAACGUACUCGUCCCUAAAAAGUUGUCGACGGGUGAGUUGUUGUUCGAAAAAAAUUUUUUCCGGAAAACAUUUUGAAAAUGGGGGCCAUAAAAAAAUUUGCCCCGGGCUCCCGCCAAGCUCUCGCCGGCCCUGCUUGUGAUAAAAUACCGUUUGUUCUUCCACUCUAUCUCAUGCCCAUGCUCUGAUCCUAACAUAAAAUCCAUCGCUCAAGGGGCGAUCGCAGCGAUAUAAGUUACGUUGUCAAUAUAGUCUAGGACCUGUAUAUGAGUUUGUAUGCAUUUCAUUUAGGACAGAUAAUCUCAACUGUUUUAGGGUAAGUUGACCAUGACAGUCAACAUGGUAACGCUGCCCGAACCCCAAUCCGGGGCGAAACGUCCGAAACUGACCACACCCAAAAACGACGCUUUCGCCAUACUGCUAUCUACCAAACCAUAAAAGCUUUGGUUAUUCUGAGGUGCUUAUAUGGUUCAGAGAUGGUACUAUUGGGGGUGGUCAUUGGUAAGUGUGAAAUGCCUAGCACUAAUAUUUCACAUGAAAAUGGCCAUGUGGCUUGCAAAUUCAGAUAAACAGCAGUGGACUUACAUUACCUUUUUCCCUAAAUCUUUUUGAUAGAAACAUAAAUGGUACUUAUUUAAAUAUAUUAUCAUUGGUUUGGUGUAAAAUAGUUAAUAUUUUCUGACCGAAAUAAUAAUUCGAAAUGUGCCUACCUCUUGCAAAUGGACGUAUUUGGCCAAGUUCUCCACUUUACUCCGCUGUUUAUCGGCGAUCUCGUCGACAUCCUACAAAAAAUGUAAAUCAUCUCAGACAUAUUGGUAUCAAGAACAUUUUAAAACAAGUUUCAACUUGGUUUCAAGUAGAUCAUACCUGUUUAACCAUCGACAAGGUAAAUCCACAACUUUGUCCAAAUUCGGUGCCAUUUUGUCAUCCCAUGUCGCUUGUUAACAAUUCAGCCUUGUUACUCUUCCAUCCAAGCCAUUUCCAUUCCACUAAUAAUAAAUUUAACCCUUUAUAACAGGAGGAAACUAAAAAUCUAAACAAAAUAUAAGAAAUACGCCAUUUUAUCACCAUGUAAAAUUUUGCUCACGAGUCUUUCAAAACAUUCCGUACAAAUAUCGCGUGACAAAGUAACAGGGACGUGACAGGAGGGGGGGAAUUAUUUCACGAAGAUAGAAGAAGGCUGCGUGAAAUAGACUAAAAGCUAAAUACAAUCAUACAAAUGUUUGUUUUAUUUCUUGUAGCGACAAAUAUAUACAUAUUAUUAUUUAUUAAUAUGAAAAAGUCAUACAAAUUAAAUGUUGAUUGUUGGUUUUACCAUACUGUGUGGGCUUUCCUUUCAAGUCUCUACCCCCCCUGUCACGUCCCUGUUGGCUAAACCACGCGAGAUUUGUACGGAAUGUUUCGAAGGACUCGUAAACAACAUUUUACAGGGUGAUAAAAUGGCGCAUUUCUUAUAUUUUAUUUAGAUUUUUAGUUCCCACCUGUUAUAAAGGGUUAAAUUUAUUAUUAGUGGAAUGGAAAUGGCUUGGAUUGAAGAGUAACAAGGCUGAAUUGUUAACAAGCGACAUGGGAUGACAAAAUGGCGCCGAAUUUGGACAAAGUUGUGGAUUUACCUUGUCGAUGGUUAAACAGGUAUGAUCUACUUGAAACCAAGUUGAAACUUGUUUAAAAUGUUCUUGAUACCAUUAUGUGUGAGAUGAUUUACAUUUUUUGUAGGAUGUCGACGAGAUCGCCGAUAAACAGCGGAGUAAAGUGGAGAACUUGGCCAAAUACGUCCAUUUGCAGGAGGUAGGCACAUUUCAAAUUAUUAUUUCGGUCAGAAAAUAUUAACUAUUGUACACCAAACCAGUGAUAAUAUAUUUAAAUAAGUACCAUUUAUGUUUCUAUCAAAAAGAUUUAGGAAAAAAGGUAAUGUAAGUCCACUGCUGUUUAUCUGAAUUUGCAAGCCACAAAUUGACGUUUAACUAUGAUUAUUGCAUGGCCAUUUUCUUGUGAAAUAUUAGUGCUAGGCAUUUCACACUUACCAAUGACCACCCCCAAAAGUACCACUCUGAACCAUAGAAGCACCUCAGAAUAGCCAAAGCUUUUAUGGUUUGGUAGAUAGCAGUAUGGCGAAAGCGUCGUUUUUGGGUGUGGUCAGUUUCGGACGUUUCGCCCCGGAUUGGGGUUCGGGCAGCGUUACCAUGUUGACCGUCAUGGUCAACUUACCCUAAAACAGUUGAGAUUAUCUGUCCUAAAUGAAAUGCAUACAAACUCAUAUACAGGUCCUAGACUAAUACCUACAGUAACAUGAACUCGUGGUGUAUUUACUUUCAGACGUCCAGUAUAUCAAGUGGAAGCUCAAUUUUAUUUAAAGACAAUCCUGACGGUGGUUUUAUGUCGCGACCUAAGCGCUCUGGUGAACUGGGAUUGUAG